AAUGUUACGAUUUAGUUUAAUAAACUAAAUUACAGAGCGAUGGCGACGGUGACAUUUUUCUAGGGUUACGAUGGAUCUUCGAGGAUGGGAUCCAGGGGAUCAAAGGGUCACACGGGAUAAUCAGAGGGCAGAUCUUCAUCAUUAUGAAGGUUCCUGGAGAGGAUCGAAACAAACUGGGGUCUCCACCAGGAGAGAUCGUGUGGAUCUCGGAGGGAAUCUCCGAAUAAAUGGAAAUAUAUGGAGGGCAAGAUCCUUAGAAUCGGUAAAAGCUUCGGGCUCCUUACGCUUAAGGAAAUCAUCGUCAAACAUCAUCCAAAGCCGAGAUCUUUGUGAGUCAACUUAUUGGGAGUGCGAGGAGUGUGGAGGGAAACCCAAAAGACUGAAGAUUUCGGGGCCAAACUUUGACAACACGGGGCUCAUUCAAGGCUAUGCAAAGGCUUUGAUUGGUCGAUGCAUGAAUCCUGAUGAGCAGAAUGUGAAGGCAUUGGUGGUGACGCUACCAAAAAUUUGGAAAUUGAUUGGGACAGAUUUGGGCUGGGCAAGUUCCAGUUUGAUUUUGAGGAAGAAGAAGAUAAUGACGAGGUCCUAAGGAUGCAGCUGUUUCAUCUCGACUACUGGAUGCUAUCAUUGGUUCGCUGGCAAUCUAGGAAAGAACGACCUUACCCUUCGGAGAUCAUUUUUGGGUAAAGGUUCUGGGUUUUCCUCUAGAAUUUUGGGCUGCCCCGAUUUUCGAGAGAAUCGGUGAGGCUUUUGGGGAGUGGCUUGAAGUGGAUCUUGAUCAUGGGAGAAUCAAAGUGAAGGUAGACGGCUACAAGGCAUUAUGUUUUGAAACUUCAGUUGAUUUCAGGGGAGGAGAAUUCCUUGAUCGGGAAGAGGCUUUGAUUUUUCUACGAUACGAGAAGCGCAGAUUCAAUACGUCAUUAUGUCGUAUCUCUGUAAGUUUUUAUCUCAAGUUUAUGGAUUGGAAUAAAGAUGGUUUAGUUGGUUUUUACAUCUGUUGUGUGGUGGUUCUACUGCGAAGAAAUUUCAUGUGGACAUCUGGUGGAAUUUUAAUAUUGGUCUUAAACAAGGUUGGAUUAUGUGCGUUAAUGAGAUUAUCUUUUUAUUCUA